GGACUGAUUCCCUGGCAGCAAGUUUGUGAGCAGGGUGAAAGCAGUAACCCCCACCAGGACUGCGACUGCCUCUGACAGGAGCAAGGGAGUCAUGGCUGGGACGAGGCACACAGUAAACUUCUGGGGGAGCCAGUGAGGCUCCAUUUUUUGUCCUGUUCCAGCUCCUUGUCCUCAAGGCCACAGGUACUGGUGGCCGUGAAUCACGCCACCACCCAGGGUUCCAGCUUCCCUGGUACUUUCCGUUGGUGGUGCUGGUUGCAGCUUUAUCCAGAGAAAAUGCCCGGAUGCAACUGUGAUUCUACCGCACCACCCUUCCGUGCCAGCCACUGGCUCUGUGUCCCAGCAGCUCUAUGGUCCAAGCCUCAGUUUCCCCGUCUGUUACUAGGGCAUAAUGGCUCCCACCAUGCCCGGCUCAUAGAAUGUUAAAAGGCUUUGGGAGCUAACGACUGAACGCCGGAGGCUGAAGGGGACUCUGGAAGGACAGCCGGGUUACCGCAGGCUGACGGGAGAGCGAGGCCGGGGUAGGCCUCUCAGUGCCGCCCGCCCUGCCGCGUCCUGCCCUGUGGGGCGGCGGAAGGAGACGCGGGGACGGCAAGCUGUCAGUUUCACUCUCUAUGCCAUGUUUCGCCAGCCAAUGGGCUGGGGCACUCGGCCGCAGGUCACACAGCCUAUUUCCUGUUUUCAAACAGGGAACUUCGCAAGCGGCAGCCACUGGGCUGGUCGCCAGAGCUUGGAGCAGAGAUCCGGAAGGGCGAUGUGACACCUGCCCGGACCCCCGGACUCACGCGGGGCCCAGAGACCUCAGUGGUUGCAGGGGCCCCUGCCCCAGCAUAGCCCUAGGAAACAUGCGGAAAAUGCAGAGUCCAGGGGCCACCCACCCCCCAGCCUGUCUUUGGGGACUCUCUUGUGUUGGGAGCCAGGAAAUCUGCUUUUGAACAAGCCCCGGCACCCCCAUCCCACCUCGCCAGGGGCCCCUGACGCCGCCCAGGUGGGGAGCGCCCGCCGUGGCAAGGCAGCUAGGUGAGUGUCCAGCCUUCCCCCCAUCCCACCUCGCCAGGGGCCCCUGACGCCGCCCAGGUGGGGAGCGCCCGCCGUGGCAAGGCAGCUAGAGGGGCUGACUGAGGCGAGUGCACAGGAGUGCCCACGGGAAACACCGGGCCCCCGAGAACGCCCGCCACCAAGAGUCUGCAAGCCUCGCAGCAUGGCGAGCCCGGAGCAGCCUGGACAGGACCCCGGCUGGACAGGACCCACAGCCCAGGGCACGGCAAGGGCCGAGCAGGAUGCGGCAGCCACUGGCCCGGACCUCCCACGUCCAAGACCUGAAGGACACCUAGGUGCCCACGGCGGCCCGAGCUCCAACUCCAGCAUGACCACGCGAGAGCUGCAGGACUACUGGCAGAACGAGAAGUGCCGCUGGAAGCGCGUCAAGCUGCUCUUCGAGAUCGCGUCGGCCCGCAUCGAGGAGAGAAAGAUCUCCAAGUUUGUGAUGUACCAGAUCGUCGUCGUCCAGACCGGCAGCUUCGACAGCAGCAAGGCUGUCCUGGAACGGCGCUAUUCGGACUUCGAGAGGCUCCAGAAGGCCCUGCUCAAGACUUUCCGCGAGGAGAUCGAGGACGUGGUCUUCCCCAGGAAGCGCCUGGUGGGGAACUUCACGGAGGAGGCGAUCUGCGAGCGCAGGCUGGCCCUCGAGGAGUACCUGGGCCUGCUCUACGCCAUCCGCUGCGUGCGCCGCUCCAGCCAGUUCGUGGACUUCCUCACGCGGCCCGAGCUGAGCGAGGCCUUCGGCUGCCUGCGGGCCGGCCAGUACGCCAGGGCCCUGGACGUCCUGGUGCGCGUGGUGCCCCUGCAGGAGAAGCUGACGGCCCACUGCCCCGCGGCGGUGGUCCCGGCCCUCUGCGCCAUGCUGGUGUGCCACCGCGACCUGGAGCGCCCGGCCGAGGCCUUCUCGGCCGGCGAGAGGGCCCUGCAGCGCCUGCAGGCCCGGGAGGGCCAUCGCUACUACGCGCCCCUGCUGGACGCCAUGGUCAGCCUGGCCUACGUGCUGGGCAGGGACUUCGUGUCUCUGCAGGAGAGGCUGGAGGACACCCAGCUCCGGAGGCCCAGCCACUGCGGCGUCACCCUGAAGGAACUUGCCGUGCGAGAGUAUCUGUGAUGAGCCAGCCCGGCCCUCUCGCGGGGCAGCUGCAGACCUGGGGGCAAUCAGCAGGCUGUUGGGGGUCACUUUUAAUGGGAAGAGCCACUGGGGACUCUACGUUGCUGGGUGACUUUGGACGAGCCCCUCGUCUGGCCGGCUGUUUCCCCGUCUGUGUUGAACAGAGGUGCUCCUGGGACUCUUUGGAAGCCUCCACUGUGUCCUUGUCCCCCUUAACACCAGGGCCACUCCAUCACAAAACCACAGACCCAGCUGCCACAACACUGGGCAGGAACAGCGCCCUCGCCAGCGUUUCCGUAGAAGCCGGAGGAGAGGUUUGCACUGCACGUUGCACACAAAGCACGACCCGCUCCUUGCAGAAAGCUCUCCCCUGCUGUCCUGGUCUUUUCUCUCUGUUCCUCUCGUCUCAACGUUGCUCACAAAUAUUUCUGCGCAUGAUCCUAGUAUCAUCCUAAUACUCGAGCUCUUCCUCUUUAGCAAGUAGACGCAGCGCAGCGAAGCACAGGCUGGCCCACUGCCCGCAGGAACAGCCUCUCCUCAGGCACUCGCAGCAGGAGCUGCGUCGUCCUUGGCCGGGUAGGAGGCCCUGGGCUGGGCAGCGACGGUGCCGUAAGGUUUUAUGAGGCAGGUGUCUUUAGCGAGGGAGUUUCCGACUCUUUCUCUGGCUGGGAUGACACCACGCGCUGCCUGGGGGUGGUUACCACAGAAGGUGGCUUCCCGGGUCCGCAGACACAGCCCUGCAGGGGGCAAAGCAGGGCACUCAAGGGUCCGGUGGGUAGAAAAGAGACUGAAUCCUCAGCUCCGCCUCUUUUCAGGGUCAGAGUUCUCAGAACCUGUCCGAUGGACCGGGAUGCCCUCGCCCGGGCGCUGCUGUCAGGAAAGGGCCCAGAGUGAAGGGGGCUGGGAUUGAGCACAGUCUCAGUGACUGAGGUGGGACACAGGGCUUGGAGGUGACAGUACGGGCUAGUGUGGGCCCAUCUGUGUGAAGCUCUAAGCCCCCAAAGACUCAAGCAUCAGGGUGAGCUUAUUAGAGUGAACUAAGCAGACUAUGACUUGGGAACCGCGAUGUGGGGCGCCCUCUAAGGGCGGAAUCCAGCCCCGCAAGGGUCACCACAGCCCUGACCGUGCAGGUGCCAGACUGCACCGGAAUGUGUCCGACAGUGACACUUUGUGGUCACAAUGGUAGUGGCCCCAUCAGGCUCUGUCCUAGUGGCUACAAACAGUCUGUCUUGGGACAAAGACACCCCUCAAGUCUCUCAGCUUACUCCAAGGGAAAGAUGCUUUAAGUGGAGACACUGAAUUUACUGAAAAGCUGGGUGUAUGGAAAAUUAAAAUGUCUAAUGAAAAAAUUAAA